AUGCCUCGCAUGCCAAGCGUGACCGAGAAGCAUGGCUGCUGUUUGUCUUACCAGGAUGCGGGCGUGGGCAAGAAUCUGAAUGGCAUCAUCGGCUUAAACUGGCACAAAAAAAUCUUUGCGCUUGGUAGUGUCCUCACUUUCUCGGCCGUAGCCAGUGCCGCCUUCGCCUCGCCCCUCUCCAGCCUCCGGCAGCGUCGCGAUGUGUCCGAGUUGGCCACCAACUCGGCGGAAUAUUUGCCACCUGCUGCCGAUGCUGCCGAUGCUGCCAUCCUUCCUGAGCCUGAGAGCGCCCCAUUGGGUGAUGAGGGCUACGAGUAUCGUGCCGUGCGUCGCCUGAAGCUGCGCCAUCGCAAUCGCCGCGAUGUCUCGCACUUGCCACGUCAAUACUUGCCACCGAACAACAUGUACCUGCCGCCCGCUGCCGCCGAUGAUACCGAAGAAGUCAUCUCUGCUGCCGAGCCAAAGGUGGCACGCGAGUAUUUGCCACCUACUGUGGAGCAAACGGAAGCGCCCGAAACCGAAGCGCCCGCCACAGAGGCGCCUGCUGCUGACCUGGAGGAGCCCGAUGUACGCGUAGUGGAUGUUCCACAGCCCAGCGGUGAGCUCCUGGACGAUGGCUAUCAUUAUAAUAAACCAGCUGAAGUGCCCACUCUACGUGAGGCGACCAUGGAGUACUUGCCACCGGUGGCACCACCAGUCGAGGACGAGGAGAGCGUGGUGGUUGAGGGACCCGCCGAUGGAGCAAGCGCUGCACUUGCCCAGGACGGCUACCAUUAUCGUGCGGUCAGACGGUACAGAUUUUAG